GCAGACAGACGACAGAGCUGUGCGUUGGGGAGAGGUUCGCUGUUGUUAGGGAAGAAAGAACUGAAGUUUUAUAUAGUCUCUAGUGUAUGUACAGUCACGAAUAGUAACCGAAUAACAUAUUGUUCCUUAUUCCUCUUUAUUUAGCGUCUUCCGUCGAUCUGAAGUUCUAUGAUCUGCCGAAAUCUACCAACUGUCACAUCAGGGCAAAACGCAGUGGAAGGGAGUGUAGCAUGUUAUUUGCCUUUAAUUGACUCCUGACCAUUGCUAUACGAACCAAAGCAAAGAGAAGUGAUACUGAGCUGCACUUAUAAAUGAGGAAAUACAGUGUGUGCCUGCAGGUGAUAUUGCAAGGAUCAAAACAGUCCACCACAAGCUGCAAAGACAGUGUGCACCAGUGAGCAAACAAGAUAUAAGGAAAUCAAGACCAAAAAUCUAAACUUGAAUACAUGAGAGAUAAUUAAUAGGGAUAUACUGAAUAACUGGCAAUCUGGAACGCGAAUGCGAAUAAGAUAUGACUGAAGUGUAAGCGAUAUCUCUGCAGUGGAUUAACACACACACACACACACACACACACACACACACACACUUCAUCAUCAUCACCACUAAACGCAAGGAUGCGUCCCUCGUGCUCAUGCAACUGCAGCUCUCUGUCCCUCAGGGUAGGGGUGCUCGUCAUCGCGGUCGUUGAACUAGCGUAUGACAUCUUUGGUUUUGGCUUCACCACCUGGCGAGUAGUUCAGACCUCAUACGAGUAUGACGCCAUGGGGGAGCAGCGGCAGCCCAAGGACAUUGUGCUGGUGACAGUCGCAGUGGUCGGAAGCACCAUUGACCUGCUGUUCUCAGUGAUGCUCAUCCACGGCGUCAUCAAGGAGAAUGUGAUGCAGGUAAUGGCGUGGUGGUGGUGGUCCCUGUCCCUGCGGAUGCUUCUCAUACUGAAGAUCAUCUGGGUGCUGGUGUAUGACAUCAAGAACAACCAACCCGUAGGAGUGGCCAUCGUUGUUCUCACCUUCAUCAUGACCAUCUCAAUUCUCGUCCUUGUGGUGGUCAGGACCUAUGCUAAUUAUCUGAAGAGAAAGAAGAUGCUCGCGUACCUUUCCCUCGAUGAACACCAAGAUCAGGAUGUGUGAUUGUGCAGAAGCUCUCAACUUGAUUAUUCGCAACAACACAAUUACAAGAAAGCAAAAUAACCUAAUUACACCACCCAUCAUGUCUUUCUAUGCAUACACACGGGAAAGGUACUAAGCAAAAGCUGAAACAGAAAGUAUUCAGUAUAUCCAUGGGCAGUGAUAAAGAUGUAUCAUUCUGCAGAAAUUUUCUUUGCAAUUUCCAUUUUAAUAACAACAGUUUGAGUGAGUGCCCCACUAUAUGAACUUCAUACAAAAAUGUAUAUAGAUUGUGUACAUUGGUAUAGUAGUAUACCUUACACCAAUAAUGAAGCUCUUUUUAUUAUGGCAUGCUGCCUGAAUGUUAUUAGUAGCUGCUCGUCUUUUUUGACAAAUCAUCGCACUGUAACUGUUCUUCUCAUACUGAACUUUCCUUCCUGCCUCCUCGUGGUUUUUAAAGUAUUCUCAUCGUUGGCGUAUGACAGUGAAUGACAAUUUUUCUUUUAACUGGUGGAGUUUUUUUUUCCAGAAAAGGGAAAAAGACAGCAGAAUUCGAAUCGUGCCGAAGCUUUCACUACACCAACCAUCCUUUAGAUCUUGACAUGUCUGGAGUGGUGCUCUUUACUGAGACCAUUUCAAUUCGUAACUUACUGACAAUUUUAACCAAGUUUUUAAGUAAAAUUUCUUUCAGUCA